AUGAGCUCGGCCCGCACCCCCCCGGCCAUGAGCGGCUCCCCCGGGCCCGGCCCCGCACGGCCCCGCAGCUCCUUCCUCAUCCAGGACAUCCUGCGGGAGCCCGAGCGAGCCCCGGGCAGCGGGAACGAGGAGCGGGGAGCGGCCGGCGAGGGGAGCGCGGCCACGGGAGCGCCCCCCGAGCGUCCCCAGCCCAGCGGAGCCCCCGGGACAGCGCGGGGAGCAGAGCCGGAAGCGCCUCCAGGGCCGUUCCUGCCCGAGCGCGGCCCCUCCGCGGCCCCAGCGCCCCCCAGGCCGGGCAAACGCUCCCGCGCCGCCUUCUCGCACAGCCAGGUGAUCGAGCUGGAGCGCAAAUUCAGCCACCAGAAAUACCUGUCGGCCCCCGAGAGAGCGCACCUGGCCCGGCACCUGCAGCUCACCGAGACCCAGGUGAAGAUCUGGUUCCAGAACAGGAGGUACAAGACCAAGAGGAAACAGCUGGUGGCCGGCAUGAGCCGCUCGGACUCGCGCCAGGAAGCGCCAGAAUUCCCGGGAAUGUCGCUGCUGGCGCUCAGGGGCGCCUGGCCCUACCUGCCCUGCCUCUACUACGUCAACUCCUGGAGCCCCUCCUGGUAG